AUGACUAUAGCUGAAAAAGAGCGGCCAGUUACGGGUAUGGCCACUGUCGGUGUCCUAGCUAACCACAACGUGCGACUUACAUCUAUCUAUCCCACAGCUCUUCAGGGAGCAUUCGCAGAGCAUCACGAAAUUAUAUCACGCGUGACACCUCGUGUACAGGCCACACUCGUUCGGACUCCGGCAGAACUCGCACUUUGUGAUGGAUUGAUUAUCCCGGGCGGGGAGAGCACAUCGAUUAUAUUACUUGCGCGACUAGCAAAUCUAUUGGAACCAUUGCGAGAGUUUAUCAGGACCAAGCCCGUUUGGGGAACUUGUGCUGGGGCGAUUUUGUUGGCAUCUGGGGGCGUUGAGGGUGCUAAAAGGGGCGGUCAGGAGGUUCUUGGUGGUGUUGACGUCCGGAUUGGGCGAAACGGAUUUGGAUCACAGCUUGAAUCUUUCGAGGCUGAGCUGGAAGUAAAUGGCCUUGCUGAUGAAGGUCGCCCAUUCAAUGGCAUUUUCAUUCGAGCACCUAUUAUCCUAUCGUUCACAGAACCUGACCCAAAGCGUCCUAUAGAACACAUUGCUCGGCUACCCGGUUACCUACUACCAGAUAAUUUACCUUACACCGGCCCAAGCGUUGCUGCAUCAGGUGAUUUGAGCGUCGACCCUCGUACUGUGGUGGCGCUACGACAAGGGCGAACGUUGCUCACGACAUUCCACCCUGAACUCACGCGUGACGAUCGUUUCCACGAGUAUUUUGUGCGGAACUGUGUUCUCGGACUUUCUCCGAGUGCAGCCAAGGCUUUCUAG